AUGCCCAAGAAAAAGCAAAGUGAACAUGGAAUAAACAAGCAAGAGACUACUUACAUAGGAACAGACUUGUCCACAUCGCAAGAGAAGCAGAGACUCUCAAAGACACUGCAAAUAUCUGCAAUGUGGAGAGAAAAACAGACAAAACAGGAACUGAAAGUUCACAGAGCACCAUACCCACAGCACAGAAGAGGGUCUGUUCAGGGCCACAGAACAGACCCUUUGUUGACAACAUGGAGAAUGCUAACUUUCAUCCUAGGAACUUCAUGCAUUAUUUUGGUAACAAAAGUGGGCUUCUUGAUUCCAAACUUGUUUUCUAGAGGAGAAAAGCAAUGCAGAGAGUCCUCCUUUCUUGCUCUUCUAUGUCCUAAGAAUGAUGAUGGCUCCUGUGAUCUUUGUUCACAUGACUGGAUUGCUUUUGGAAACAAUUUCUAUCAUCAUCAUAGUUUUUAUGGAAUCAAAAGCUGGGUACACAGUCAGUCUGCAUGUGAGGAACUGAAUUCUCAUCUUCUGGAGAUUGACUCCAAAGCAGAGCUGGAAAACAUACUAUUGUUUCAAUUUGAUGGGUGGAUUCUCCUCAAAAAGGAAAAUGCCACUAAAAUAGAGCAAACUCGAAUUAAUGAUUCAGAAAAGAAUCAAAGUUGUCAUUAUCUGAAAGGAACGCAAAUUUUUUCUGCUGACUGUUCAUCUAAGAAGCCAUUUACCUGUGAGUUUAACACACUCUGA